AUGGGGCAGCUCAUGCCUAUCCUAGGAGAGCUCCGGCCCAACCCAGUCCUGCUAGGCAUGGACUCCGACCUGCACCAUCCAAUGUGGAACUCCCUGGGGUACGCCCACACUCACAGAGAGUCGGAAGACCUCAUCUCAAUCAUGAACACCGCCGGGCUUCUCCUCAGAUCCAAAGCUGGUGUUCCAACUUUCACAUCAAACAACGCUCAGGGUAGUCAAACAACGGUUGAUCUACAGUGGACAUCACCGGAAUGCUACGACUGGGCUACAACUUGUGUCACGGACACCCAAUUCAAACAUUCACACUUUUCAGACCACAUGGCAAUUCUCACAGAGCUAGAUUUACCAGCCAACCCGCUGGAAAACUUCAAGCCCAAACCCGAGACCCAACUGGGCCAAAACCCACUGGGGAAAAUACCACGAUACACUGAAUACAUCACUCUCCAACCUCACCACUGA